AUGCUACCGCCUGUCAGCGUCGUGGUCCUUGGCGUCUUCUUCGCGGUUUGCGUGAAUAGAAAUGACAACGUGGGAAAACCAGUGCUGCCCUGGGAGAUGGAACCGGCCUACUGGGAGGCCAAGGCGAGAAGAAAUUUUGAGGAGACGGCUCGUCUCUUUUCCGCGCAAAUGUCCACCCGGCGACCACGAAACGUGAUUUUUUUCCUCGGCGAUGGCAUGGGUCUGCAGAGCAUUGCGGCAGCCAGGUUCUACAAGGCCUUUAAAGCCCGGGAGGCUGGCCGGGCAAGCAAGCUAAUAUUCGAAAGUUGGCCCUUCAGUACCAUGUGUCGUACCUACGACUUGGAGACAAUGGUCACCGACUCGGCAAGUUCUGCAACGGCUUACCUGACCGGUACGUCAGCCAAUACUAAUCUUCUUAUUGGUCAGACCGAGUUAUAUAUGGUAAAACAAAACAUGCUUACUAUUAAGAAAUCAGUAAGAUGUGAUAUACAUUAA